AUGAAGCUCUUAGUCAUAUCGGCUCUGCUGGUUGCUACGACAUCUGCAGCCCUUCAGGGCUACGGUUUGCCUUCUCCAUCAGGACUGGUGAGUGGUGGUGGACAUUCACCAACAGGAACUGUUCAUUCUACUGGAGCUGCCCUGUCGUUUGAUGCAGGUCAUUCUACAGCUGCGAUACAAUCUUCAGUUAGCGGCGGCUCAGCUGGUGCUAAUCACGGUUUUAAUUCUGCGCAUGCUGGACAGAUAACCGGUGUACAGUCGGCUUCUGAUAAUGAAUUUACAUCCACUGGCGUUGGUAAUCAGGGAUCCGCCACUCUUUCCGCGGGUUUCGAUGUCUCAAACGUCGGAGGGAAUUCUGAAAUAUCUCCAAGUGCUGAUUCCUUCGAGGCUCCAUGCAAAGAGGGAGAGGUCCGACACGUAGAUGGGUCAUGCAUUGUUCCUGAGAUUACAAGAAAAGUAUAUGUAGUUUCUGUACCCAAGCAAACUCCACAGCCAAGUGACUCACUCCCAGACCUUCCCCCACCCAGGGUUGAUCAUAACAUCCUUUUUGUUCGUCUUCCUGAAGGAGGUGUUGGACCUGAUCCUGUUGUUGUGCCUCCACCAAGACAGAACAACAUCGUCUACGUCCUUAGCAAGAGGAAUCAAAACGGACAACGUGUAAUUGAAGUACCAGCUCCUCCCCCGUCAGAACCUGAGAUUUAUUUCGUCAACUAUGACGAUGGAGAAAACCCGACCCUCCCCGGUGGUUUGGAUCUCGAAACCGCUCUUGGUUCAGCAGUUGAAGCCAAUGGACAGAUUUUCACUGAUGGCACUGGUAGCAAUGUUGUUGAUGCAGGAUUCGAUAGUAAAGGCAGUAUUGAAAAUGUAGCCGAGAGUGGUGUAGGUGACUUAAUCAGUGUUAAUACUGGAGUCUCUGGUGUAAUUACUCAAGGUUCCCAGAAUGGUGUAAACACAGCUACCCUUUCCUCUUCGUCCGUUACAGCCAAUACGCCAUCUAGUAUAUCCGUAAAUGGUUCAUUCCAGUCUGGUGGCGUAUUCCAAGGUUUCCAAGGUGGUUUAAAUACACCUACUGACACAUAUACUCCUGCUCCAACGCAGUCGAGUUCUUUCGUAGCUGGAAACACUGGAUUCCAAUCUCAGUUCACAGGAACAGCAACAGGUAAUACCCCAUCAUCUGUAAGGACCACACCAUCUGGCUUGUAUGAAAGCCCUUAAUCUGCACUCGAAGCUCAAAAUUUAAAACUCGUCAAUUUCCUGAGAAAUGGAUUUAUUGUAUUUUCUCAUUUGAGGUUGUUCAAAUAUAUUUGUCAAAAAAUGAGAUUAUGUUACAAAUAAAAGAAAUCA